AUGAUCGCCAUCAACGGCCUCCUGCUGCUCGCAGCCACAACCUUGGCCUCGCCGAUUACACCAUACGUACUCACUCGUCAAGAUGUAUCAACGCCUCAGAACGCAAGCCUCCCUAAUGUGACAAUCUUUGCGACUGGAGGCACGAUUGCCAGUCAAGGAACGACCAAUACGCAGACCGUGGGAUAUAGCGUCGGACUAGGAGUUGAAGAUCUAAUCGAUGCGGUUCCGGAGAUACUAAACAUCGCAAACAUCCAAGGCUAUCAAAUCAGCAACGUCGGCAGCCCUUCUAUAAACAGUACCAUCCUGCUUAAGUUGUAUUCGAUGGUGCAAGCCGAACUUGCGAAGCCAGAAAUAUCUGGAGUGGUCAUCACCCAUGGCACCGACAGCCUGGAAGAGACAGCGUUCUUUCUAGAAAUGACGAUCAAUUCGACCAAAGCAGUCGUCAUGGUGGGAGCCAUGCGUCCUGCAACAGCACUGAGCGCUGAUGGACCUCUCAACUUGCUGCAGGCUGUGACUUUAGCGAGUUCACCGAAAGCUCGGGGAAGAGGAACGAUGAUUACGCUCAACGAUCGAAUCGGCAGUGCCUAUGUGACCACGAAGAACCAUGCCAACUCUCUGGACACGUUUUACAGCGCCGAGGCUGGUCAGUUGGGAUUCUUUAUCAACCAAGUGCCAUACUUUUACUACGAGCCGGCGAAGCCUGUUGGACUGGUCAACUUUGACCUGACCAAUACUACCGCUCUUCCAAAGAUCGAUGUAUUGUACGCCCACCAGGACAUGGACCCAGGACUCUUCCAAGGGGCGAUCUUGCUGGGCGCAGAAGGACUAGUUGUGGCGGGAAUGGGUGCUGGUGGGGUUUCCAGUGCGGCAUCAGAGGUUCUGGAGACGAUAUACAAUACCACGAGCAUACCGCUGGUCUCAAGCCGCAGGUCGGCGGAAGGGUUCGUCUCUCCAGGCGACUACAUGAUUGCUGGUGGGUUCUACAACCCUCAAAAGGCCAGAAUCUUGCUGCAACUAGCAGUUGCUGCAGGACGAAGCCGGGAGGAGAUUCGGGAGGUUUUCGCCUUGAACUAUCCUUCAUAG